AUGGCAGGAGAACAAAGGCCCGCGAUGAAGCCAUGGAUGGAGGUUGCACCUUCACUUCUUGAGUUCCCUUGGAAACCCUCCAAUAUUCCUAAGCUAGAGACCAUAUUUGAAGACAGAGAUGAAGAAUGUGAAGAGGAUGGUCUUGCUGAUUUUUGA